AUUUAAAGCCUUUGAACGGAGGGACGUUUGAAAUUGCAAGCGAGGAAGCCAUCUUCUUUCUCGUAUCAGUAAAUACCGUGUGUUAUUCACAGUUAUUUCGUCUAGUUAAUUUUUCGUUUAGACUUGUACAGCGAGAUUAACGUUGUUGCGAUUUUGCUUAAAAUGCUUGAAUAACAAAUACAGCGGUAUCGGGUUUAGAAAAUAUCCUAUGUAUGAAGGCUGCCGCACACGACAAAUUUGGUUAACAGGCCGGAGGAGCUGCUAACUAGCGACAGCUAACUCAACAACUGCCAUUUUCAGCUGGUUUAAAUUCUGGAUAUAUUUUUGGACCUUGGUGUCUUUGGGUAGUGUGCAACAAUACGCCUAGGAUAUGGACUCAGCAAAACUCAAACUGACAACGGACUCGAAGAUUCAUAGGCCUGAAUUCAAGUCAAGUGUUGAAGGACCGAAGCGUAUUCCUGUGUCACAACGUUCACAUACGGCUGUAGUGACACCAACGCCACAUCAACGGGUCCUCACUGUGUCAAAUGGACCUCAGCGCAUUCGGCGCUCUGGGGUCCCUCAGAAACCAGUACCCCAGGUCUCUGCUGCAAUAAAGUCCACUCAUUUAUCCGACCAAAAUGUAAAUCCUACACCUCAGCCCAAACCCGCUUCUCAGCAGUACAAGCCAAAGAUGGUUGCAAACACGACAAAUCCGGAGUUACCGAGGCCACCAGCAGAGUCGUCAAAAGAAGAAAAGCCACAGAACAAAACCCCCAUGAAUGACUCCACGGAUGCUUCUGCAUCAAAGAAAAGGUGGAGCCUGGAAAAUUUUGACAUUGGUCGUCCUUUAGGAAAGGGCAAAUUUGGUAAUGUCUACCUGGCGAGAGAGCGGCAGAGUAAGUUCAUCUUGGCCCUGAAAGUGCUCUUCAAGAAGCAGUUGGAAAAGGCUGGAGUGGAGCACCAGCUUAGAAGAGAAGUGGAGAUCCAGUCUCACCUCAGGCAUCCCAAUAUUUUGCGACUCUACGGUUACUUCCACGACGCCUCUCGUGUGUAUCUUAUCCUUGAGUUUGCGCCCAAGGGAGAACUGUACGGUGAGCUGCAGCGUUGUGGACAUUUUCCUGAGGACAGAAGUGCAACAUAUAUCAUGGAGCUGGCAGAUGCCCUUAACUAUUGCCACUCAAAGAAGGUGAUCCACAGAGACAUCAAACCAGAGAAUCUCUUACUGGGAGCAAACGGCGAGCUGAAGAUCGCAGACUUUGGAUGGUCUGUUCAUACGCCAUCCUCCAGACGGUCCACUCUGUGUGGAACACUAGACUAUUUGCCGCCAGAAAUGAUUGAGGGCAAAACUCAUGAUGAAAAGGUGGAUAGUCAGCGUGACCUCCGGGGAAAUCCACCAUUUGAAGCGAAAAGUCAGGAGGACACCUACCGCAGGAUAUCAAGGGUGGAGUACACUUACCCUGCUCACCUUAACAUCAGUGCUGGGGCCAAGAGCCUGGUCGCACAGCUACUGAAACACAACCCCAUGCACCGGCUGCCCGUCCAGGGCGUCCUGUGCCAUCCUUGGGUUGUGGAAUGCUCCACCAAGAAGCCGACGACACUGAAGGCUGGAGAGCCGGGCCAGUGAGCCCUGCUGUUCCUGUGGUGUCCCUGGCUGGUGUAGAACACAGACUCCACUCUGCAGCCACUGCUUGACUCCAUCAUAUCAUGUGGCUGCAGGUACACUUCGAACUACAUGCAUAUUCUUGUCACACCCUGUGUUUGUUUGUGAAUAUUUCACUGUUUGUCUGAUUAUGUAUUACUACUUGAACUUGGAAAAGAGAGAGCAUCCAAAAAUGGAACUAUUGUAUUGAUGUCGGGUCCGAACUCAGAUGGCACCUUUGGAUUACAACCUUAGGUACAACUGCUAGUUGCUGGAUGUCGAGUUUACUCUGCAUCACCUGUGGAGUAGUUUGGUGUUUCUCUCAGAACAAACAGAUUUUUAUAGUGAGAGGCCAAGUGUCACUGCUCAAAAUAUAUUACACUCUGUAAGUAUUACUUUCCUGUAUGCGUCUCUUAUGGUGGAACUCUUGUAUUGUUGGCAGUCUGGUGUUUGUGUGAUUUUUCUCUCUUGGGGGCAAAGAAUAUAAAUCAGAAGGGACUUUUAGAUCUUCUGAGGCAUAUCUCACAGCUGCUUUGUCAUGUCUGUCACAGAUGCAGUCACGUGCAGUUGGAUGCAGAAUGAGUGGUGUCUAGAGUGAACAUAUAAAUGUUUUAAUGCCUGAGCCUGAAUUUCAGCAAAUUAGCCGGUAUCAUUUCUUCAAAUUUUAUCUUUGUUGUUCUGUCAAAAUGUUUGUCUUGUUUCGAUCUGAUGCUGAGAUUGUUUACUCCUUUCUGAAAUUAAACCAGCAGAGGGAGCCAUCGUACUUUAAAAAAACCUUUCAAUUGUAGAGUAUAAUCUUUUUAAUGCCAUUGCAAAUCCCAGCAAAAUUCCUGUCUCAAUAAAUUGCAGUUUUCUUUAA